AUGAGAGAGACAUGAGGAAAGAAGUUCGAUACGCGAUAGAACAGAGUGCAUGUAGGCUUUGGGCAAGCAGACUCAGGACUGACCUAGACAAGUGAGACACAGCGCUCUCCUGCCUGACCAGUUGAGCCAGGCACACAUCAACCUCCUGAUUAUCUGAUUAACUCCUGGGAUCCCUGAGAGUUUGGAACCCUCCUUAUCCAGGCUUCGCCCUGGAGGCCAAACACCUCAGUGAGGGUUCUGCAGAGGGGGAAUGCUGUGGGAGCUGUUCACCUCCCCCUGCAUCCCCUCUCGUAUCACCAGUGGAGGAGCCGAGCUUCACCACUGUGAAAUUUUGCCAAGAUGGAGAAGACAUAUGCCUGACAGCAACUGAGGGAGGUAUGGAGGAAAUGAGUGGUCAAAAUCCAAACUGUGAAGACCUGCAGAGUAAGGACCAGAGAUUGCCAAUCCAGAUCUUCCCUGACCCUGUCGAGGUUGUCUUGAACCCUGAGACCUCUUUGAACUGCCUGGACCAUGAGCAAGAGAAGGAACGUCUACCCUCCAUUGUUGUGGAGCCAACUGAGGUGAGCGAGGUGGAGAGCGGAGAGCUGCGCUGGCCUCCAGAGAACAUGGACAUGGAGGAAGAUGAGGAGGACCUCUUCUUAGAGCAGUGCAUCCCACCAGCCAACAUUGCAGACUGGGGAGAAGAGGAGGAGGAAGAGGAGACAUCAGUUAUACUGAACCAGCAGGAAGGCUUGACACUAAUUGACCUUCAGUCAGAUGCAUUCAGAGAUGACACUCCUACACUUCCACCAAGCAGUGCUCCAGCCUUCGACUGACAUUACCUCUGAAUACUCACCAUCUCUGCGGAACUAGUGAGGGAAGCAUCCUAAUAUGAACUAUGGCAACAAAAAUGAGAAAACACAACAAAUACUGCAAUAAUGAUAUGUUUCACAUGGUAACGGGUCCGUACCAGCUGUGACUUUUAUGUUCUUAUUUAUAUCAAUGUGCACAACAAGAGGGUACAGAAUGAUAAGCCUGCAUGCGCAGUGAGGAAGAAACCAACGCUCUCACGAAGUCAGCUCGCUGACGUUGGUGAUUCAUGCAAUGUGGUAUAUAUUAUUUUAACAUUUAGGGAACAAAUUGCUGACUCUGUGUUUAAUUUCCCUUGUCAUUUUCUAAUAAAAAAAAAAAGGUGUUGGUGAUGUCACCAGGCUAAAACAGGAAAUCCUGCCACAACAAUUGUCCCCAAUCUUGUUUAUAUAUGAUUGCUUAUACAUAUUUAUUUCUCUGUUUCUUUAAUUCAGUUUUUGGUCUAACAAUAGUCUGUAGCUUCCUCACUGAUCACUGCUUUGAACCUGGGUGGCUUCUUGAGGAUAUUUACCUGGUUAUACCUUCAGUAUGGAGUAUUUUUAUAAAUUCAGGUAAACUGGCUGUUCUCUUAUUUUGCUGUUAAAAUUCAGGCACGACACUGUGACCUAAACUCGUCUAUGAAGCAGCUACAUCCUAAAUAAGAUGUCUCAUAGUGGGAAUAACAGAUGAUGAAUAAUGUUAUGUAAAAAUCAGCGUUUCUCACAAGGUUGUAAGAAUCACUUUCUGCGGGCAAUGUGAUGCAUGUUGAACCACAUAAAGGGAGGCAGCUCUAGUUGCUUUUUAUUACAACAGUUUUAGAACCAGUUUUUAAAUAACGGUAGUUUUUUUUCACUUGUACUAUAA